AUGGACAAUUUAAACUCCCCGGCAGAACCCCUCAGAACACUCAUAGACUCCGGAGCAACAUCAAACUUCAUCUCCCCCGUGGUUGAAAAAUUGAAAAUCCCAAAAACCCAACUCGAAAAUCCGCGAGUUGUGAGGAUGUUAGACGGUACUAUAUCACAGACUGGUCGCAUUUGGCACCAGGUUCACCUCACGAAGCCUCUUAUCAACUGGCAACAGGGAUUAGUCACAUUCCCUGAACAGAUACAGAUUGCCGAAGAGGAGGCAGACCCAGACCCCCUAGCAGACCUCCCCCCUCAAUACCAUGAGUUUGCUAGAGUAUUUGGCAAAGAAGAAUUUAAGGUCCUCCCCCACACAGGGAGUCCCAUAUACGGUAUGACGGACGCGGAAUCCAAGGCCCUCAAACAGCACAUCAAUGAAGAACUAGCCACGGGCAAGAUCCGCCCAGUACCUCAUCUGCUGGAGCCCCUGUCAUGUUUGUCAAAAAGGCCGAUGGUUCCCUUAGGCUUGUCAUGGAUUACGAAAGCUCAACAAAGUCACCCCCACAAAAACGUCUACCCACUCCCCAGACAGGAUGACCUCAUGGCUAAACUGCGGAACGCCAAGCUAUUCACGAAGUUAGAUCUCCGCUGGGGGUACAAUAAUGUGCGCAUCAAAGAAGGCGACGAAUGGAAAACGGCCUUUAGAACCAAAUAUGGCCUCUUCGAGCAUUGUUAUCUCCUCCGGCUUCUCAAUGGACCAGAAGAAAUAGAAGCCGUCACAACAUGGCCCACUCCCAAAACGGUCAAAACAGGUCAGGCCUUCCUAGGAUUCGUCAACUACCCCGCCGAUUCAUUCCCAAUUUUAGCUCCGUUGCACGUCCCCUGCAUAAUCUCACGGAAGGAAACCCCUUGGUCAUGGGGUAACCUAGGGGAAGAAGCAUUCCAGAAAUUGAAAGACAGACGCAUCAGGGUAGCUAUGGGAGCCAUACUGAGUCAACAAGGGGAGGACAACCGGCUUCACCCGAUUGCAUAUAUGUCCAAGUCCUUCUCAGGCGCUGAAGCUAACUAUGAUACGCACGACAAGGAACUUCUAGCUAUCAUUAAGGCAUUAGAAGAAUGGCGCAUUUUCCUGGAAGCAACAAAUAGACCAAUACAAGUCUUCACGGAUCAUAGGAACCUGGAAUAUUGGAUGCAGGCCCAAACCUUCAGAAGGUCCGAUUACGUAGAUACGCCUGCAGAACCAGAAGUCAUGUUACCAGCGGAAGUAUUUGCCAACACAUUGGAAGAGGAACUUGAAAUCGUCACGGAAAUCCGCACCAAACUCAGGGAUGACCCAUCACUAGAACCAUCAUCACAUUCCUGA